AUGGAAAGAAUUCGAUGGAAUGAUGGACUCGAUCAAUUUCGUUUAACACCUAAUGAAUUACGACAACGUUUUUGUGACAUAAAAGCCGAUGCAGUAUUUGCUUUUCAACUUCGAAAUCCAAUUCAUAAUGGACAUUCACUUCUUAUGCAAACAACACGUCAACUACUGAUCGAUGGUGGUUUUCAAAAUCCUGUUCUUCUUCUUCAUCCAUUAGGUGGUUGGACAAAAGAAGAUGAUGUCCCAUUACCUGUACGUAUGGCGCAACAUCAAGCUUUUUUAAAUGAAGAUGAAGAUGAUAGACUAGAUCGUUCUCGAACUGUUCUUGCUAUAUUUCCAUCGCCAAUGAGUUAUGCAGGUCCUACUGAAGUACAAUGGCAUGCGAAAUCUCGUAUGUGUACUGGUGCUCGUUUUUAUAUUGUUGGUCGUGAUCCAGCUGGCUUACCGCAUCCAUCGGAUAAAUCCAAAGAUCUUUAUGAUUCAACACAUGGUUCAAAAGUUUUGACAAUGGCGCCAGGUCUUAAUGAAUUACAGAUCUUACCAUUUAAAGUUGCUGCUUAUAAUCAUGUUUUAAAAAAUAUGACUUUUUAUGAUCCAAAUAAGCAUGAUGAAUAUGAUUUUAUAUCUGGUACACGAAUGAGAAAGAUUGCUCGUAAUGGUGAACAACCACCUGAAGGAUUCAUGGUACCAGCAGGAUGGAAAGUAUUAUCUACUUAUUAUCAAUCAUUAGGAGCAACGUCUUAA